AUGGCUCCCGUUCCACUUGCCUCAACUCCUUUUCCACCCUCCUCCCUUUCCUUCCCCACUCAUUUCUUUUCACACCCGCUCCUGCAGCAGCUACACCAUCAACUCACCUCUCACCCAAAUCAACUCUCUUCAAAUCACUUCUCCCCUCACCACCACCAUCCCCACCCCUCUGACUGGAAACCCGUUCUCCUCUCCGCCCUCUGCUCCUCACUCUCCUCUCAACUCCCCACCUCCCUCUCCUCACUCUCCUCCCUCUCCUCCCUCCUCUCCUCCACUUCCCUCCUCGCCUCCUCCACCUCCUCCCUCACACCCUCCUCUCUCUCUUCCUCCUCUCUCUCCAUCGCCGAACGUUGCCUGGACUCGGUGGAAGCUGCGGGGAAGCUUCUGCGGGCUCUGGCAGGGGCAGGAGGAGCAGAGGGAGGAGUGAGUCGCUUGCUGGGAGGAGGGUUGGGGUCAGGAGGAGGGGCAGCAGCAGGAGGAGCAGCGGCAGGAGGAACAGCAGGAGGGGAAGCAGGGCAAGGGCAGGGAGUAGCAGAAGUGAGGGUAGAGCGGUUAGAGAGCAUAGCCUGCAGCAUGACUACUGCAUUCUUCCCACGCAGCCUCACUGCCUCUGCUGGUCUCCGCUUCUGGGGCAGCCACAGCAGCAGCAGCAGCGGCAGUGGCGGUGCUGGUGCUGGUGCUGGUGGCAGUGGCAGUGGCAGCAGUGGUGGUUCUGCUAGUGGAAAAUCGCCGCCUCUUGCCCUGGUGGCAGCAGCAGCAGAGGCGUGUUUGGUAGCAGAUGGGUUCCUGUGGCAGGCAGGAGGGUUGCUGGGAGCAGCAAAGGCUGCAGGAGACGUGCUGGCUGUCAGCAGCGCGGGAGGACUGAGUGGUGCAGAUGGGUUUCAGGGGAGUAUGGUGGGUUCGGAGGAUCCCUGGGCUUUGCAGUGCGGUGCAGAUGGGUCGACUGCGGUUGAGCCCUCUUUUCUUGAAAGCACCAUCGAUCUCCUCCUGGCCGUUGGAUUCCUGCGCCACGUCAGCACCAUUACUGACGGCCUGCCACCUCAUGCGCACCUCAGCGUCGGCCCUUUCCAGGAAGCUUCCGCCGCCUUUGGGGGGCUGUAUGCUGAUAGAGGGGGUUCAGAUUUCACUGCAGCAGCAGCGGCGGCAGCAGCAGCAGGGGCAGCAGCAGCGGCAGCAGCAGGGGGUGUAGCAGGGAGAGGAACGGGAGGAGCAGGGGUAUGGGGUCGGGUGGGCGCGAGUGGGUAUGCCACGGGACGAAAUAACGAUCAGGAUGACAGAGAUAGUAUCAAAUAUGAUAUUAGAUAUGAUUUGGACCAUGAGGAGGAGAGUGCUUCAGUGCGAGAGGCUUGGGAACUCUGGUCGCUGGCUCUCACUGUCACCACCUGCAUGUUCCGCGCCCUCCUCCCUCCCCCUUCUCUCUCCGACUCCCUCUCUCUCGCCUCCUCCUCCGGUCUUCCUUUCUCACUCUCCCCCUCCCCCGCCUCCUCCUCUCUCUCUUCCACUGCUGCAAGACUAGCCCUUGACUUUCUCUCUUUCCAGCUCCCUUCCCUCUUAGCCGCCCUCUCCUCUCCCCUCCACCCCUCGCGCUCUCUCCUCUCCCUCUCAACUCCCACACCCCCCUCCUCCUAUGCCUCCUCUCUCCUCUUCCCCCACCCCUCGCAAGGGGGUGAGCCCUACGGCACGCCUGGUACAAGCACAGGCACGGCGGGAGGUUUGGGCCUCUGGGGUGCGAAGGGGCAGCAGGGACAGGCUGGGUUUGGAGCAGGUUCGGCAGAGCAAACCAAGCCUGGAUGUUCGGCGGCGGGUGGGAAGGCUGGACUGGGGGUAGGAGACGGGAAAGGGGGAGGAGCGGGCGGCGUUCGUCGUCUGCAUUCAGAAUACACGGAUACUGUAGCGAUUGAGGUGUACUCCCUCGCUCUACACUCCCUACACUUCCUCACUUCCCUCCUCCGCAGAUAUUUUCCCUCGACAGCUGACAUGGCAGGGGGAUGUGCUGACGUGGCAGGGAUGCAGCAGUGGUCCAGGAGAGGGGUGGGGGGAGGGGAGGUAGGAGAGGGGGGGUGGAUGGGAGGGUUUGGGGGAGGAGGGGGAGGGGUGAUGGCGGGGGUAAUGGGAGGGGCGGCAUCAGCAGUGGUGGUGAUGGGGGAAGGUGCGCCGGUGCUGCCGGCACCAGAGGUGCUACAUGGUCUAGAGGACCAAGCAGUGGCAAUCAUUCUAGACAUUCUCGCAUCUGCAGACCAAACCAACCACCCCUCCUCAUCCACCACCCCAAGCCAACCCCCCACCAACCCACCCACCUUCAACCCCUCCUCUCCUCUCCGCCCCACCACUCUCUUUGGAAACCCCAGCCUCUCCUCCCCACCCGCCCGCUCCUCCCCCUCAUUCCCCUCCUCCUCCUCCCCCUCCUCCUCGUCUCUCUCGUCCUCCUCCCUGCCGCCCGCCCGCCUGGCGGUGUGUCGUCUGCUUCUGGGGGUGCUGGUGAGGGCGCUAGCAGUGGAGGUGGCGUUGGUGCGGCUAGCAGAUCCCACCAUGCUGCCCUCUGCUCUGAGGCUCGAUGACUUUGAUGCUGCCGUGCAACUCAUAGUGCAAGGUGAGGGGCAGACAGGGAGGCAUGAGUGCAAGGUGAGUGGAGGGGCGCGGGAGUGGCAGGAGUUGGUGGUUGAGGCAACUCAGUUCUCGCUUCUGGGAGUGCUGGUGAGGGCACUAGCAGUGGAGGUGGCGUUGGUGCGGCUAGUGGGUCCCACCAUGCUUCCUUCUGCCCUUCGCCUUGAUGAUUUCGAUGCUGCCGUGCAGCUUAUAGUGCAAGAUGAGAGACAGACGAGGCAGUACCAGAAGGGGAGGGUUGUAGAGCAGGGAGCCGUCGAUCCAGUCCGAUGUGGAGGCGGUGGUGGCGCUCGUCAGCACUCUCACCCACCUGUCGUAGCAUGCCAGCAUGCCAGCAUGCCUGCCCUCCAUGUGAAGAAAGCAUCCAAGCCGUGUCCUCGUUAUGCUCCCACCGCCAUGGAUUGGCAGCGGCAGUUCCCGCUUCUCGUAGCCGUGCUGCUCGUCGCGCUCUCCCUCUCCGGUGACGUCAUCCGUCCCUUCACCGCCUCGCCUGCCGCUUCGCAGGCGCAAUCCGGCCCCGAGUCCGCCACCACCGCCGCACCUGUCGCCGCGUCUGGCGCCGGGGGGGCGGCGCAGCAGGUUCGGCAGAUCCUUUCGGAUCGGUACCCGGACCUGGAGGUCAGCCUCGGCAACCACCCGCCCCCCGCGUACUGUCAGGUGCUCUCGAAGCUGCUCUCCGCGGCGCAGAUGGCGGCGAUGGCCGUGAUUUUCGCGGGAGACUCGCUGCUGCCCGCCGUCGGCCUCCCCCCGCCCUUCCCGCAGUGGUACGAGCAGAUCCGAACCAACCGGCUAGGCUCGGCAGCGACCGUGUGGAUCAUGGGCAACGUGAUUCACGGGUCGCUCGCCAGCACUGGCGCGUUUGAGCUCGUCCUGGACGGCCGCACGCCAGCCAAGAUAGCAAGCAACCCUGUUCCGAAUCCUCUCUCCGUGACUUCCGCCAUGCUCCCCACGUCGACGCUUAUGCUCUCCUCUCCCAACGCCGUCUCUGCUGUGCUGACAGCACGCUCUGCUUGUACCGAGACUCUCGAGCAGCGUCGCCAGACCGUUCCGUCUCUCUCCGUUUCUAGCAGCUGUGUUUCUCACCAGCUCAAAUCCACCUUUUCCGGGUUUCGUCUUCCUCUCGCUCGAUCCGCAAUCACGAAAUCCGUUCCAAGAAAUCCUCUCCGACGAAACCGCAACCUUUCUACCUUCCGUGUUGUGGCAUCAUCCAAUCAUCAAGCUAUGGCCGGUGCAAGUGGAACUGAUACCGCUGGUUCCGGUGAUUCUUCUUCCGGGCUCGUCGUGUGCUUCGGCGAAAUGCUCAUCGAUUUCGUCCCCACCGUCAACGGCGUAUCUCUCGCCGAAGCGCCUGCGUUCAUGAAAGCUCCGGGCGGUGCGCCUGCCAACGUGGCGGUCGGAAUUGCGCGGCUCGGUGGACGCGCGGCGUUCAUGGGGAAGGUUGGGGAGGACGAAUUUGGACACAUGCUGGGCGGGAUUCUUAAAACGAACGGCGUUGACACGUCAGCGCUCAGAUUCGACGCGGGAGCGCGCACAGCCCUCGCUUUUGUCACACUCAGAUCCGACGGCGAGAGGGAAUUCAUGUUCUACAGGAACCCUAGCGCGGACAUGCUGCUACAGCCAGAGGAGCUCGAUCUCCCCCUCGCUACAAGCGCAUCUGUGUUACACUACGGAUCCAUCAGUUUAAUCACAGAUCCGUGCAAAUCCGCGCAUCUGGCUUUGCUAGAUGCUGUGGAAACCAGCAGCAACACUGUUCUCUCUUACGACCCUAAUCUCCGGAUUCCCCUCUGGCCGUCCCAAGAAGCGGCGCGAGAUGGCAUCUUGAGCAUUUGGAACCGCGCUCACAUCAUUAAAGUGAGCGACGAGGAGGUGGCGUUUCUGACCAAUGGCGGCGACCCUUACAGCGAUGACGUGGCACGGUCUCUGUUCAACCUCAGUCACAAAACCAGCAGCAGCGGCGACGGUAAAGGGGAGGGGAAGCUUCGGCUAUUGCUGGUAACUGAGGGGGAGAAGGGGUGCAGAUACUACACAGAACAGUAUCAGGGGAGAGUGGAUGGGUUCAGUGUUGCUGCUAUUGACACCACUGGCGCUGGUGACGCCUUUGUUGCAGGAUUUCUCCGCAAGCUAGCGGGAGGAAGCAGCAGUGGGUUUGCUGCAUUGGAUUCGCUGCUUGCAGAUGAGGCUAAGCUGAAGGAAGCGCUGCUGUUUGCCAAUGCGUGUGGAGCCAUCACCACCACGGUUAGAGGCGCCAUUCCCGCUCUCCCGGAUGAAAUGAGGGUGGCUCAAAUGCUGGGUUGA